CUUCCUUGUCCUCCUCUCUCUUCCCUCUCUCCUCCCCCUCUCUUUCCAACCAAUAAUCACUCAAAAUAUCAUUCCUCGCCACUCGAUUGCUUAAACGGCUUUAAAAAAACAAAAUGCACAAAAAAGCACGAAAACUGACCCUUAAUUCCACACUUUCAUUGCGCCUUUGUCCCCUAUUUCAACCAAGCUCCAACUUUUACCUGACCCCUAAAACGUCCAUGACUCUUACAUUCCCUGUUUCAGUCAAGACGAAAAAACGUUAAUGACUCAUGUUCCCUGUUUCAAUCAGGACCUAAACGUUCAUGACCGGGCGUUCCCUAUUCCAGGAAAGCCCUAAAACGUUCAUGACCCCGCGUUUCUUAUUCCAGGCAAACCCUAAAAUGCCCAUUUUCCCUGUUUCAAUCAGGACCUAUAACGUUCAUGGCUCUUUCUUUCCUGUUUCGCUCAAGCCCUAAAAUGUCCAUGACCCCGUGUUCCCUAUUCCAAGCAAGCCCUAAAACGCUCAUGACCCCCAUGUUCCCUAUUUCAGCCAAGCCUUAAAACGUUCACGACCCCAAUCUUCCCUCUUUCACCUUGCUGACCCCCACGUUUCCUGCUUCAACCAAGCCCAGACACCUUCACACCCCAAGUUCCGCAUUUAACCGAAACCCUAACAUUUCCCUGCCCUAAUUCAACGAAGCCCUGACGCCCAUUCUCUGGUCGACAGGUGAACAUGGCAGGGACGAGGAGCAAGAUCCGAGAGUCACCUUCCGUCGGAACCUCCUGCUGACCGCCUAGGAAGCGGGCAGGGGUUAUGCCCACCACUGCGCGCCUGCCUCCCCUGCACCGCAACACACAGCCUCUGUCGCCGCCACUGCUGCUGCUGCUGCUCCUCUGCAUCGGCAACGCAGCUGCUUUGAAUGUUACCGCGCCAGCAGUCCACUCCUCCGCCGCCCCUGCUACCUCUGUCGAGUCUUCCACCGCCCUCAGCGCCGCCGCGAGCGACGCCAGCCCGGCCAGCACCGCCGGCGCCUCCGCCCCGAGCGCCGCCCCUCCGACCGCCGGCCAACCAUGUCUUCCGACGAACGCGUCCGCCGCCGACGCUGACGGCAACGAGACCCAGCCGUGGCGCGGCCCCGAGUACGACGUCGCCAGCGACCCGUUCGUGAACGGUAGCGUGAGCCGCAGCAAUAAUGGCCUUCUCAACCUCAAGAACGCUACGUUUCCGGCGUUCAUCUUCGAGACCAUCAGCCCCUUCGAUGAGGAGAACGAGACCGUCAUCGGGGAGGUGCUGGAGGUCAGCUCGUGGAGCGCAACGGACGUGUGCCUGACGGUGGUGAAGGCGGUGGUGAUGGUGGGCAUCAUCACGGUGUCAGUGCUGGGCAACGUGCUGGUGAUCGUCAGCGUCGCCCUGCACCGCCGCCUGCACUCCACGGCCAACUACCUCCUCGUGUCCCUGGCCACCGCCGACAUGCUGGUGGCGCUCUGUGCCAUGACCUUCAACGCCUCCGUCGAGCUCUCGGGCGGCCGCUGGAUCUUCGGCAGGGUCAUGUGCGACCUCUGGAACAGCUUCGACGUCUACUUCUCCACGGUGUCGAUCCUGCACCUGUGCUGCAUUAGCGUCGACCGCUACUACGCCAUCGUGCGGCCGCUCGAGUACCCGCUCACCAUCACGCGCCGCAUCCUGGCCAUCAUGCUGGCCCACUGCUGGCUGGCGCCCACGCUCAUCUCCUUCCUGCCGAUCUUCUUCGGCUGGUACACCACGGCGACCCACCUGCAGGAGCGAGACUCUGAGCCUUACGUCUGCGCCUUCGUCGUCAACGCUAUUUUCGCCCUUGUGUCCUCCGCAGUGUCCUUCUGGGUGCCUUGCACGGUCAUGGUGGUGAUGUACUACAGGAUAUUCCAGGAGGCACGCAAGCAGGAGCGAGCGCUCCUCUCUCGUGCUUCCUCCGCCUCCUCGGCCGCCUACUCCACCUCCAUCAGGCUCAGCGCCGCGUCGCAGCAGCAGCAGGACGUCGCCGCUGCCGCUAUGGCGCGGCAGCAGCUCCUGGUAGCGCUCCAGGCGACGCCCUUCACCCCCGCCACGCGCCACCAGGAGUUCCUCAUGAAGACCCUGAGCGACACGUCGUCGACGGCCUCUGUGACUACCACGUCCUCGGGCGUGCCCUCCACGGGGCCCUCUGGAAGCAGCAGCUCGCGCAGCAGCAGCGGCGGCGGCGGCCUCAUGGUGUCGGGCUACGCCGCCGGUGCCAACAACAGCGUCAAGGCGAGCACCAGCAACGGCAGCAACAGCGGUACGGGCUGGCGCCACUCGCGGCAGGGCAGCACGGCGUCGUGGCACGGCCCCUCGCGCCACGGCUCGCUGGUGCCGUGCGGGCGGCGCAUGCACAGCACGCCCGUCGUCACCACCAAGCCGGGGCCGCCGCCCGUGGGCCGCCGCGAGCACAAGGCGGCGCGCACGCUCGGCCUCAUCAUGGGCGCUUUCGUGCUGUGCUGGCUGCCCUUCUUCACCUGGUACGUCAGCAUCAACAUUUGCGGCUCCGCCUGCCGCUGCCCGCACGCCGUCGUCACCGCCCUCUUCUGGAUCGGCUACUUCAACUCCACCCUCAACCCCUUCAUCUACGCCUACUUCCGCACCGACUUCCGCGAGGCAUUCCACCGCACCCUCAAGCGCCUCACCUGCUGCCGCCCGCGCCAGCCGUCGGGCGUCUUCGUGUAAGGCCGCCCCGGACACUAGCAGGGCCACCCUCACCUUGCACCCGAGCCCCGCCCCUGCGCCCUUCCGGUGGGAACGAGGCCUGGCAGCCCCUGACCUGGGCACUCCUCGCCCCAGCUGGCCUUCGCGCAGGCGGAAGCAGCCUGGGCGCCCUCGCCGUCAGGAGGGACGGUUCGCCGAUGUUUGUACGCCGUGGAGAGAUUCUCGUCCUGAGGGAGAGUGACGAAGAAGGACGCAAAGACAAGAAAAAAGAAGAAAAAAAAUAGUGUUCGUCGGAGAUUCAGUGUAAGAGUUCUUUUCCCAUUUCCUCAUCAGCGCUGCAGCCAUCACAGGCCGGGGUGUUUGGUGCCGCAGCCGGUCCCGCGCUGGCGCUUGAGGAGAGAUUUUUCUGGUUUUAAUAGGUGUGCCCUUUGUCGUGAUCAAGAAAUAUAAAUGGACUGUCGCAUUCUUAAGUGACAAGAUCCGUUUAAAAUGUUUGAGAAGAAUAUAUGUGUGUGUGU